AUGGCUGAACUCAUCUCCAACGCCGCAGAAAUCAAGCACGAGAUUGACCCAUCCGCUGAAAACAUCAAAAUUGUAAAUGGCUCGCCGCCGCCCGCCCCCGAAGUAGCGGUCAAAGAUACCGCUGCCUCCCCAGUCCUGGAAACGUCGCCCAAGACUGGCACAGGAUGCAAGAAGCACGACAAGAUGGACGGCAUGAAGAAAAAGAAAAGAAAAACCAAGAAGCGAGAUGUGGACGAAUCAUCAGACUCGGAUUCCUCCAUUUCCACUGGUGACACCGACACCGACACUUCAGUCACGGACUCAAUCGCCAGUGACUCGGAGCCGGAGCGACGGAAGAAAAAUCGGACGCGAGCCAAGGCUCAGGCCAAGCGAGCGCUGAAGGAUAAGAGAAAGUGGAAGAAACGCAAGCAACGAGGUCGCAAGUCGGUAGCCGCUGAUGCGAUUUCGGACACCUCGAGCGAUUCGGAUGCCGAGUCGGAUUCUUAUGAAUCGGAUUCGUCGUUGGAUGAGAAACUGUUGCGAAAGCUGGUUUCUAAGCUUACCGUGAAGAAGCGUCAUAAGCGACUGCGGGAUCAGACUAGUGAUGAUCUAGGCGCCACUGAUUCUCCAUCUGAAACUCGGCGGGAGAAGCGGUCGAAGAAGAAGAAGCCAGCCUCCAAAGUGGCUUUCAAGCGUGUAGAUCAAUUGUGGGAUAGCACGAUCCACAAAUACAAGCUGACCGAGACGGUGGAUGACCCUGAUGCGGACGAGUGGGACCAGUACAUCUUCACGGUGCGCCGCAAGUUCAAUUGGGAGAACAAAUUCCUUGAUGUAGUAGUGGAUAUCAAGAGCAAGCCCCUUCGUGAGGCGCUGGCCAAGGUGAUGGAUGGCGUUAAGGGUGUCAGUCUCGUCGAAGAACCAGCAGUAGUCGACCCAAACAUGCUGUUUUUAUAUCUGGAGGAAUCAAGACAGUACAUGAAAAACCUCAAGCAACAAUCGCGCAACGAAAAGAAACGAAAAGCGCGCAAAGCAGCAGCUUCCAAAGCGGCCCACCUAAAGGUACUGAUCAAGUACCUCGACACCGACUAUGCGAAUAUCAAAAAGACACUCUACCCUCUUCUGGAGGCAAACACCAUCACUUUCGACCUGCUAUGGGCCCUCUUCAAGCCUAACACAAUUGCAUACACUCCAACAUACGGCAACACCGAUGAGCCCCGAGCCUUCAAAAUCGAGUACGCCAUCAAGGAAUCCUCUUUCAUGAAAGGCCAGUGGUACAGCAUCGAAGGUCGAUACCUGGAAUAUGACGGAAAGGACUUCGGAUUCGGCAGCAUGGCCGCUGAGGUGGAGUCAUUCAAGGGCGCACGCAAGAUCACCAGCCUCGCCUGUUUCCCACUUCAGUACCACCGUGAUGCCGAUGGACUGCGAGCCCGUCUCGUCGAGCGCGGCAAGCGCUUCGUAGCACUGCGCGGUAUGAACUACCGCUUCCACAAGGGAAUGGCGUUUUAUAAGAAGAAGCGUCAUUCCGUGGGCAAGGUCAACAUUGAAAGCCGAGUGAUGAUUGAUCCAGCCAUCCACCGUCGAAUCAAUCCUAACUACCCCAUCAGCACGGUCCGGCCUAAGGAUCCGGACCUGCUCGAGUUGUCGGAUGCAGAAUUGAGUGACAUGGAUGAGGGUGAUAGCGAGGGUUGCUGCUGCGGGGGCUCAGACUCUGAAUCUGAGCAAGGAGGUAUGUCCGAUACUCCACGGACGGUGUACAAGGUAGUCGAAGGUGAGGAUGGUACUCCUCGCGUCGUGGAGGUGGAAGUCGACGAGAACGGGUUGGAGAUUCAGAAAGAGAAUAUGGAUCGAAUUGAAGGCAGUGCAGGUGUUGUGGGUCGUGAGUUCACCGAGGAGGAGCUGCUCAUCGCUAGCCCCGUCGUACUAGGCUUCGCCUUCACAGAGAAGAUGUGGCUUGAGUUCACCAUCUCGGGCAUCAGCGAUAUCGACUGGGACAAAGAUGCGUUCGACUCAUUGGUUCUCCCAGCAAAUCAGAAGUCCAUAGUCAAGGCCCUCGUCGAAUCGCACACCUUCCACGCAGCCCAGAAUAUCGACGACGUAAUACAGGGCAAGGGCAAGGGUCUGGUUGCCGUAUUGCAUGGGCCACCCGGAACAGGCAAGACCCUGACAGCCGAAGGCAUCGCCGAGCUACUCCGGCGUCCACUGUACAUGGUCAGCGCAGGAGAACUAGGGACCGACUCACGUUCAUUGGAAGCAGAGCUGAACAAGAUCCUUGACAUUGCUCACUCAUGGGGUGCGGUCCUUCUUCUUGACGAAGCAGACAUCUUCCUAGAGAAGCGGACCAUCCACGAUAUCCACCGCAAUGCCCUCGUCAGUAUUUUCCUCCGUCUUCUAGAGUACUUUCAGGGUAUCCUCUUCCUAACUACGAACCGCGUCGAAACCUUCGACGACGCCUUCCAGUCGCGUAUCCACGUCGCACUGCGAUAUGGUGAUCUGGCACCGAAGGCGAAACGCAGCAUCUGGAAGAUGUUCCUUGAACGAGUACGCGGUAUCGAGGGUGUUCAAACGGCUGAAUUCUCGGAGAACGAUUACGAUGUGCUAGCACGGCACACGCUCAAUGGUCGACAGAUCAAAAAUUCGGUUCGUACUGCGCAGGCACUCGCGGUCAACGAGAAGACCCCAUUGUCUAUGGAUCAUAUCAAGCGAGUUCUAGACGUGGCGGAGACGUUCGAUCAGGACCUUCGUGGUGGAACGGGUUACCUGGACGUGAUGCGCAGUUACACUUAA